AUGCACCCAAGAGUAUUGGUUCGAGGAGGUGGAUCUACUGGUAUUCGCAACCAUGUACAAUUGGGCAAUUGUCGUCAAUGGACUAUAUGGAGGGCGACACACAUAUGGGUACACCGCCUUACCUUUGACGGCAUCGGAGGGGGUCACUCAACCAAGUGCAGUUAUGGCACUGGUCUUUACUGGGGCACAUUGGGUCCGACUCAUAGUCGACGAUGUCGAUGGAGUGACACCAAUGUCCCCUUUUUCACCACAAUGGUCUCAUUUUCGGAGUAUGACAUCAAUUCCUGA